AUGGAAGAAAUCGGACUCGCCCCCUCUGGCUCGCAGACGAUGGUUAUCGAUUCUCCUCACAGUGCGAUGGACAUCGAAACCAAGGAAGAGCGAGAAGACGAUCUCUACCUCACACUCAAGGACUAUGAGAAGCAGCUGCGAUUCCUCGAGAUCCAGGAGGAGUACGUCAAGGAUGAGCACAAGAAUCUCAAGCGCGAGCUGCUGCGCGCCCAGGAGGAGGUCAAGCGCAUCCAGUCGGUGCCGCUCGUCAUCGGCCAGUUCCUGGAGAUGAUCGACCAAAACACGGGCAUCAUCGGCUCCACCACUGGCUCCAACUACUACGUGCGCAUCCUGUCCACGAUCAACCGCGAGGAGCUCAAGCCCGCCGCCUCGGUGGCUCUGCACAGACACUCGAAUGCGCUCGUCGACAUCCUGCCGCCCGAGGCCGACUCGUCCAUCCAGCUCAUGGGUGCUGGCGAGAAGCCCAACGUGACCUACCAGAUGAUUGGCGGUCUCGACAUACAGAAGCAGGAGAUUCGGGAGGCCGUCGAGCUGCCCCUCACACACUUCGACCUCUACCGACAGAUCGGCAUUGACCCGCCUCGUGGUGUGCUUCUCUACGGCUCGCCUGGUACGGGUAAGACCAUGCUGGCCAAGGCCGUGGCGCACCACACAUCCGCCUCCUUCAUUGCCGUGGUCGGCUCCGAGUUUGUACAGAAGUAUUUGGGUGAAGGCCCACGCAUGGUCAGGGACGUGUUCCGUCUCGCCAAGGAGAACGCGCCGGCGAUCAUCUUCGUGGACGAGGUGGACGCCAUCGCCACCAAGCGUUUCGACGCCCAGACCGGUGCCGAUCGCGAGGUCCAGCGUAUCCUGCUGGAGCUGCUCAAUCAGAUGGACGGCUUCGACCAGAGCGUCAACGUCAAGGUGAUCAUGGCCACCAACCGCGCCGACACGCUCGAUCCCGCGCUUCUGCGCCCCGGUCGUCUCGACAGGAAGAUCGAGUUCCCUUCGCCCGACAGGCGGCAAAAGCGUCUCAUCUUCUCCGUCCUCACCGGCAAGAUGAACCUCAGCGAAGAGGUCGAUCUCGAGGACUACGUCUCCAGGCCCGACAAGCUCUCGGGUGCCGAGAUCAACGCCAUCUGCCAGGAGGCGGGCAUGCAGGCCGUGCGCAAGAACCGCUACGUGAUCCUGCCCAAGGACUUCGAGAAGGGCUACAAGUCGGUGGCCAGGGGCGGCGGCAACGAGUUCCUCUUCUACCAGUGA